AUGACCAGGAUCGUGACCACGUCACUGGGCUGGACGUUCGAGGCUAGGCGUCUGUCCGUUCGGCCCACGCUUGCUGGGUGUUUAAGCAUUCGGCCGACCAACGGCGUCACAGUGACGGAUGACACUGGUCCAGGUGCUUCCGUCGGUCGACUAUCGAACGGCCACGCGCGUCCGGAGCACGGGGAACGAUCGCUAGUAACGGUUGGUCCACCAGGAAGAUUCCGGGCGCGAGACACUCGAGGUCAUGCGGGUCGGUCGAUGUCAGCCGGAGUCAGCAGCCGGGAAUUGAGUACCCCGCCUCUAUGCGGCACAACACCGUCGCGAGUACCUUAUAGGUGA